CCUUUGACGCCUAAAACCCUAACCAAAACAGCAACCCCUCUCCAAAACCCUAAAACUCCACCCUUUUCUACAAUUGCAGCAGCGGCCAUGGCCUUCUCCAGCGUCGUUCGCAGGACGGCUUCCCGUGUAGCCCCUCUGGCAAUCCGUGCCCUGGAAACUCAUAGAAAUUACCAUCCUGCCAUCUUCGCUCCACUCAAGAAUAACAGCAGCAGCUUAUAUCAGGAGUUUUGCAGAAGGGCUGCUCUUUCGACCCUCCAUUUCUCUUCGCUCGCCAAGAAGCCCAGCUCCGACGAGAAGCUCGUCCGAGUUAUCGAAUCCGAGAUCAAAUGCGCCGAGGAAUCGGACGAUCACGAUCAGGCAGAAGAGGCCCCAGAUGGAUUUCCUUUUGAAAUCCAAGAUAAUUCUGGCGAGCAAACCAUAUCUCUCAAAAGAGAAUAUAAUGGUGAGACUAUCAAAGUUGAAGUUCAUAUGCCCGAUCUUGUUACUGGUGAGGACAAUGACGACGACAACGAUGACGGUGAUGAUGAAAAGGACAGCCAAUCUAGCAUCCCUAUGGUCAUAAGCGUCUCUAAAGGAGACGGGCCUACUUUGGAGUUCAGCUGUACUGCUUACCCAGAUGAAAUUUCGAUUGAUGGCAUGUCUGUUAGGGAACCCGAAGCUUCCGAAGAUGAGAUUGCCUAUGGAGGACCUGACUUUUCGGAUUUGGAUGAGAAUUUGCAGAAAGCUUUCCACAAAUACCUUGAAAUCAGAGGCAUCAAUCCCAGCACUACCAAUUUCUUGCACGAGUACAUGAUAAACAAGGAUAGCCGAGAGUACUUGUUGUGGCUCAAGAACCUGAAGAAAUUCAUCGAGAAGUAAAAAUCCACAGAUUCCAAGCUUUUUCCGGUGAAGUGCAUGAUUGAAUUCUCGUUUAUCUUUAUCCUUU